GCCCGUCCCGCUCUGUUAUUGGAUAAAUAGUAGGUUAGCAAGGCGGAUGUUGUGCUCCAGGUCAGCUUUAGAGCAAGCAACAUGGCGUCGAGCGACGGGCAGCUUGGAAGUUUAUUCGACCACCACGUCCAGAGGGCGGUUUGCGACACAAGGGCGAAAUAUCGAGAGGGCCGAAGGCCUCGCGCGGUGAAGGUCUAUACAAUCAACUUGGAAUCUCGGUACUUACUGAUACAAGGAGUUCCUGCAGUAGGAGCAAUGAAGGAAUUAGUUGAACGAUUUGCUCUAUAUGGUACAAUUGAAGAGUAUAAUGCUCUAGAUGAAUACCCAGCAGAAGACUUUACAGAAGUUUAUCUUAUUAAGUUUAUGAAUUUACAGAGUGCAAGGAUAGCCAAGAGAAAAAUGGAUGAACAGAGUUUCUUUGGUGGAUUGCUUCAUGUUUGCUAUGCUCCAGAAUUUGAGACAGUUGAAGAAACUAGAAAAAAAUUAGAAGAGAGAAAAGCUUAUAUAGCAAGAGCUACUAAAAAUAAAGACUAUUAUAUGACAAAGAAGAAAGCAGUUCCAGAGCAUAAAGACACAGAAGAUCUUAGACGUGCCUUCCACUCAGGUAUGUCUGGAUUU